AUGACACCAUUUAUACGUGACAGCCUCUGUGACUUGGGACGUAUGGAAAUCCCACGACCCCAAUUUCAGGGUAUGCAGUUUGUAGCGACACGAGGAAAAUUUGGCUUUUAUAAGACAAUACGUGAAAACGGUGGCAAAUACGGAAUUCAGGUGAAACCUCAGGGACCACGCAGACCCGCUUUGAGUAACGAAGAAAUCUCUACUUUGGUAGAGCCAUCUAAUACUGGAAAUGCGAAAAUCUCGAAAGUUGAUCUUCCAAAAAACGCAAAUAGAACCCUCUACGAGCUUUAUAUUAAUUUUUUU